UCCGGCCAUCCCGCUAACAUCAGCUCCUUCGCUUCCGAUGCUAGUGAGAUUUCGGGGCCCGGUUAAAGCCCGGAUUGGCGGGAGCUACGGGGAGCGCAAGGAAUUAAGAUGAAUGGUCGCGUUGGAUUUCGUAUAUUUGGAGCGGAUCGACGGAGAUUGAUCCUGGAUGGCGGGAUGAUGGAUUGAAGGAUUGGAUAGUUCGUUAUUAAUAUUGCUGAAUCUUGGACGUCCAGUCCCACUUCCCAGCAAUGAGCCAACGCUCCAGAAGACACAGUGAUGGCAUUUGGCAAGAUCAAGCGUCAGACGAGAUGAGAUGAGGGCUGAUACGCGCCUCUGCUUCGUCAACUCCGCUCCGACCGUGCCGCAAAAAUGCCCCCGGUCAAUCGACCCUACACCGUCCCCAAACCACCGCCGAUCGGCAUCUGGAGUGUUUCCAGCGAUGUCGAAUGGAUCAAGACAAAUGGCAUGUCACAUGAUUUCCUGAGGACUUCUUGGUCAACAGCUGCAGUGCUGCAGAGGCGUUGCGGCAUCGAGGGUCUUGCGAUGCGGAGUCGAGGGUCUUGCGAUGCGUUGAGCGCCGUCUCAGAUUCGAGGAUGAUGACGAUGGGUGCCUGGCGACUUGCCUGCAACAUGACGAUCGCUCUCCAUUUCCCAUCCGUGUUUCCCCAUGCUAGAUCAUCCACAUAUUUCCUCAUCAUCAACGGAGGUCGUCUGCUCAUCACAAUCACGGGUAACGAUGGAAGGGUGCCUGGUCGGUGUCACCCAUCUCGGGACGGAAUCGGUCGCCUGCGAUACACGAUGGGCGGGAGCCUCAUCAGUCAUCACAUUCAGCAGAAACGCGGUGGAUAUCCGUACGACCCGAGCGCGAGCGGAGGAUCAAUCACAAGCACAAAAUAGAAAGAAGGACAUGUAGCCUUUGGAUGGACCGAGUCACCCAUCUUCCCUCUGGAAGGAUGAGCCGGUGAAGUAAUGGCACGAUUUC